AUCUUAGCUUGACUCUUGAGCCUUAUAUAUUAAUUCAAGAAAUCCCAAGAUUUUCAAGUACAACUUGCAUUUCUAUAUUUAUAUAUACACACACAAAAGCAAAAAAAGAAAAAAAAAAGAAAAAAAAAGAAAUGUCUCUUGUUCGAUCAAUUCAGGAGAAAUUAAAACAUCAACCACAUUCAAUAACCCUAUCUACCUUAUGUUUCAUAAUCAUAACCAUUUUGUGUAUUGUUAAGUUCACAAGAAGAAACAACAAGUUCAAUAACCUUCCACCAUCUCCACCAAAGUUACCAAUAAUUGGAAACCUUCAUCAACUAGGAACACUUCCACACCAAUCCUUAAAGGCACUUGCUAACAAAUAUGGCCCUCUUUUGUUGCUUCAAUUAGGGCAAACUCAAGCCCUAGUUGUCUCUUCAGCGGAACUUGUUGAAGAAAUAGCAAAAUCACAUGACAUUGCUUUCUCCAAUAGAGCAAACACUAAAGCUGCAAAGAUUUUCUUCUAUCAAUGCAAGGAGGUUGGUUUUGCACCCUAUGGAGAAGAGUGGAGAAUGAAAAGGAAGCUAUGUGUUCUUGAGCUUCUAAGCACAAAUAGGGUAAGGUCAUUUCAGCCAAUUAGAAAAGAUGAAGUAUCAAUGAUGAUUAACACCAUAUGUGAAGCUUGUGCAAAAGGAUCUAUUGUGAAUCUAUCUAAGAUGAUUAUUACAACUGCAAACAACAUAUCUUCAAGGUGCAUUUUUGGAAGAAGUUUUGAUGGUAGAAAAGGCAUUGGAGAAGUAGUGAGAAAGAUGAUGUCACAAUUAACAACACUUGGGAUUGGAGAUUUGUUUCCUUCAUUGGAUUGGGUUGAUGUUCUUACCGGUUUCAACUCAAGAUUGAAGGUUACUUUUGAUGAAUUAGAUGCGUUUUUGGAAGAGGUUAUUGAAGAGCAUAAGAGAAAGAAAAAGGACAAGAAUAUUAUUAAUGAUCGUUCUUAUGAUAAUAAAGACUUUAUUGAUAUAUUUCUUCAACUUCAAGAAAAAAACAUGCUUGAAUUUGAGCUCACCGGAGAUACCAUCAGAGGAAUCCUUAUGGACAUGUUUGUGGGAGGGAGUGACACAGUUUCAACAACUCUUGAAUGGGCUUUUGCCGAACUUGCCAAGAACCCAAAAUGCAUGAAGAAAGCCCAAGAAGAGGUGAGAAGAAUAAUUGUGGAUGGAAAAUCCAAGAUAGAAGAAAAUCAUCUAAACCAAAUGAAUUACAUGAAAUGUGUAAUCAAAGAAACCCUAAGAUUACAUCCACCAGUUCCACUUUUAGUCCCUAGAGAAACAUCAACAAGUGUGAAACUCAAAGGCUACAACAUUCCCAACAAAACAACCGUGUAUGUGAAUUCAUAUGCAAUUCAUAGGGACCCUAAGUUAUGGGAAAAUGCUGAAGAGUUUAUUCCUGAAAGAUUUGAAGGUAAUAAUCAUGAUCAACAAGUUGAUUAUAAGGUAAUAGAUUUUCAAUUAAUCCCAUUUGGUAUUGGAAGAAGGGGUUGUCCUGGAGUUUCAUUUGGGAUUGCAUCAGCUGAAUAUUUGAUGGCUAAUCUUUUAUAUUGGUUUGAUUGGAAGGUUCCUAAUAAUAAUAGUAAUGGUGAUGAUGAUGAUUUAGAAAUGGACAUGAGUGAGUUGAGUGGAAUGACAGUCACCAAGAAAGAACCACUUUAUCUUGAGCCAAUACUUCACUCAUUUCAUUCUAAAUCUUGAUAUGGAGAGUGAACUAGUUAGUAUUAAUUCAAGAAAAAGAUAAAUAAGUUCUUGAUUUUUUAACGGUAAAAACUCAUGUGCAGUCGACUUCAUGUGAGGUUGAUAGUUGAGAACCGUUAGAUAAAAAUUUAGUCAAAUCAGUCAAAUCAUCUAACGGUUCUCAACUAUCAACUUCACGUGAAGUCGGCUGCACCUGAGUUUCCACCUUUUUUAAUUUGAAGACACGUAAGUUUUUUACUAAUUGAAAAUACAAAAAUAUUCUCCACGUUUUAAAAUACGAGAUAUUUAAGUCCAAAAUAUAUAAGGACAAAUAGGUCCUCUGACGGACUUAGAUGUUUCGCUUUUUAAAAAGUGAAUAACGUUUUUGUAUUUUCAAUUAGCCAAAAACUUAUUUGACUUCGAGAUAAAAGGUCAACGACUUAUUUAUCGUUUUUUUCUUAAUUCAAAUAUAAGGUAAAACAAAAAGAAAAUGUUAGUCACCUAAUAUUUUUUUCUUGA